AUGGAGCUGGUUGAGGACGAGGAUGACCAGGACAGACCCAAACCUCCAAAGAAACAGGUCAACUUUCGAAAGGAAAUGCUUCGUUACCAGAGUUUGAAUUUCAGGACGCACAUCAACGAGUCGCAGUUUCUAGCCACGGAAGAGGAAGACUUCGAAGACAAGGACAGCAACAUCUGGAGGAACUUUGUCUCUCAGUGCUCCGCGACUUUUCUGGCUGUGUUUGCUGUCAUACCUUCCAGAAAUCUGCAGACGAGCAUCCACGAGCCUGACCAGUUGGGCAAGAUCUCGCUCGUGUGUAUGUACACCUCCUACAUCGUUGGUUGUCUCCUGACCGCGCUCAUCCUGAGGAAGAUCAAAGCCAAAACAUUACUCCUCUCCUCCUUGUUUUUCCACAUCCUGUACUCAGUCUCCAACGUCAUCCCUUCAGCCUACACCCUGCUGCCAUCGUCAUGUCUGGUAGGCUUGUGCCAGCCAGCAUUCUGGGCGGUACAGGAUAUGCUGCUUCUCAAUUACGGGUUGAAAUACUCAACGCUGACCCGGAUGGCACCGCAGAAAUCGCUGCGACUCUUUCAGACAGUUACCAUCAUCACCAUCCACUCGGCGCAGAUCUUCGGCAAUCUCCUGAGUUCCGGUCUCAUUUCGGUGUCCCAAUUUCAUUGUAGCGAGGAGUGGGCGAUCAUCAAUAAAGCUUCCAACUCAUCUUCCUCAAAAUCCAGUUCGGAAAAGCUGAUGAGGAGCACCAAGUGGACGUACACGCUGCCGUUUAUCCCGCUUCAGGCGCCAAGGUCAGCAGAACCCUCGCCUCCUGUCAACUUCUACCAGUUGCUGACGUUGAUCUAUCUCUGCCUGAGCGUCGUUGCGAUGGGAGCUGUGCUGAUCUUCUUUGAAAGUCCUGACACCUACCUGCAGCGAAAGGUGGUCACCUGGAGGGAGCGGUUCAAGGAGAUUAAGCAGUGCGUCACCGAUCCUCGCUGGAUUCUGGCAUGGUGUGCUGCCAUUUAUGUGGGACUGGCCCAGGGUAUUAUCAUGUGUGACAUCACCAAG